CCCUAAAUUAUUUAUUCAUAUCUCAGUUUCUCCUCAAUCUCAACCCCUAAACCCACCCUGUCAAUGAAGUCCAAGACGAGGAAGAAGGAGCUUGCUGCGAAGAAGCAGCAGAACCACCAGGGCGGUGGUGGUGGUGGCGGCAGAGUAGAACAACCAAAUGAAGAGAAAAAAGUGACCGCCGUGAAGUUGAAGGGAGCGGAGAGGUCAGCUCACUUCGCACGGAGAGAGGCAGCGAAGAUCUUGAAAACUGUUCUCGAAGGUGACGCUAAGCGCCGCGCACUUGCCUCCAUCAAAACCCUCAUCUAUAAACCUUCCAUCAGAAACAAGAAGGCCACCUUCGCUCUCAUCUGUCAAACCCUCAAGCAUCUUCCUAUUAUCAAGGAUGUCUUGGAAGCUUCUUCUAUUCUCAAUACCAAGUGGAAGAAGCAUCAAGAAUUGAUUUACAUCAUUCUCUAUGAUAUACUUUUCGGUCAGGAAGUUUCAGUAGUUGGUGAUGCUGAGAAGUACCUUAUGCGCCACAAAGGCGCUCUACAUGCAACUCUGAAACAGCUUUUGGCACAGAGAAAGGUGAAAACGGUUAAGCAGCUGGUUGCUCAAUACCAUGUUCCGGAGAUUUCUGUACCUCGUUAUGUUCGUGUGAAUACUCUUAAACUGGAUGUAGAAUCUGCCUUACUUGAACUUCGGGAAAAAUACUCGGUUCAAAAGGACGAUUUACUGCCUGACUUGCUGAUACUACCGCCAGGAACUGAUUUACACGAUCAUCCUCUUGUCAAGAAUGGAAGUGUCUUUUUGCAAGGUAAGGCAAGUUCCAUGGUGGCACCAGCCCUUAGCCCUGAACCAGGAUGGGAGGUUCUUGAUGCAUGUGCAGCACCAGGAAAUAAAACAGUCCACCUUGCUGCCCUUAUGAAGAGAAAGGGUAGGAUUAUAGCAUGUGAGCUGCACAAAGAAAGGAUUAUGCGUUUGAAAGACACUAUAAAGCUAUCUGGGGCUUCUAACAUACAAGUUCUCAAUGAGGAUUUCUUGAAAAUAAAUCCCACGGAUCCUCCAUAUUCUAAGGUGAAAGCUAUUCUUUUGGAUCCUUCCUGCUCUGGUUCUGGUACUGCUUCUUCAAGACUAGACCAUCUACUCCCAUCUAAAGCAGCAGGUCAGGAUGUUGAUAUGGAAAGAUUGAACAAGCUUGCAGCUUUUCAGAGAAAGGCUCUUCAGCAUGCUUUACUUUUUCCAGCUGUGGAAAGAAUUGUCUACAGCACUUGUUCAAUCAACCAAAUUGAAAAUGAAGAUGUCAUCACAUCUGUCCUUCCCAUAGCCGAAUCGAAUGGAUUUGAGCUGGUAAAGCCUUUCCCUGAGUGGCAAUGCCGUGGUCUUCCAGUGUUUGAAGGAUCUGAACACCUGAUUCGGACAGAUCCUGCCAAACACGGUGAAGGUUUCUUUAUUGCCUUGUUUUCCAGAAAGGAUGCUAAUGUUUCAGUGAGGUCAAAUAAGAAAGAAAAUAGAACUAGAGUGCAAAGGAAGAAACCUAUACCCUUGUUUAUUACCACUAACCCCUUCAAAAUGUGGUUAUUUGAUAACCUGAGCAGGUCCCGCUGUUGAAAUUGGAUUAACAAAAGAGCUGGUUAAGGCGAUUAUUUAUCUUCUUUUUUCUAAAUGUAACACUAAACCCCCCAUUUCAUUAGUUUUUUUUUUAAUGUAAGAAUAUUUAUUAAAAAAAAUAGACAGUAGUUUGUACCAAUUUCUUUGAAAAAAAUGCAUUGAAUUUCAACUUUUUUAGA